UAUUUUUCUCAUUCUCUCUCAUCUCUUGUUCUGGAUGAUCUGUCUAUCCUGCUCUAGUGCCUUACAGAGGUAUAGAUGAAUGAAGAUGUCCUAAAGUGAGCAUGAGAUAGAACUACACCUGUUUCCAGCACGUGGGAUAGACUGAGCUACAGUUCAGAGCUGUUCCUACUUGAACUCAUAGCUGUGGUGGUAGUAUGCAAUUCUGUCCUUCAGAACUUCAGAGCAUUCAGGAAGAGUCAUGAGUGAGAAGCAGAGACAAACAAAGACAGAGAGCUGGACUAUAGAUGGUCAGCUAAAAGCUCAAAGCCAUAAACACCGGACAUUGCACAGAGGCUGUCAGUAAACAAGGCCAUGAGGCUACAGAGUGGGUAUUUCUUGGGUUAAGAAGAUGGUGAGGGGAUCAGGAUCUUAAUUAGUGUCAUGAAGUGAUUGAUAACUUCAUAGUCAUGGACAGGCUGAAUCACAAUGUUCCAGCACAUGGCCGCCAGACUCAUCAGGUGCUACAGAGCACACCACUGGACCUCAUUGAAACAGGCAAGACACUCAAAGUCCAGGCAGAAGGACCCCAUCUUGUCAGCUUGGGAAGUGGCCGUUUGAGUACAGCUAUAACUCUACUGCCCUUGCCAGAGGGGAAGACGACACUUGGCCAUGGGAACACAGAUAUUAACAUUCAGGGUCCGGGCGUCACUGCUCAACACUGCUACAUUGAAAAUGUGGGGGGAGCCAUCACUCUGUACCCUAGUGGAAAUCAGUGCUCAAUGGAUGGCCUAAAAGUUACCAAGCCUGCUAGACUCACACAAGGGUGUAUGCUGUGUUUUGGUCAGUCAUCCUUUUUCCGAUUUAACCACCCAGAGGAGGCCCUCAGGAUGAAAAGUUUGAUGCCAGGUGGAAACCCUGGACUUACCAGUGCUUACAGGAAUCACACAGAAGCCCAUGGCCAGCUCAAUGGAAACCAUGUUCCUUUGCACGAGCAAACUCGUCCUGGACAUGGCACUCUUGUCCGCUCUAUUGAGAAAGACCUCCAUGAUAUUAUGAACUCUUUGUCUAUGGAAGAAGCCCAGGCUUCUUCUUCUGAGCACCAUAAACAAACACGCCUCCCCAUUUCACAAUCUUCCAUGCUCAACGGGGGUGGCCACAGGCUUGUCUCUCCUCCAAACAGUCCUGGUGCUAUGUCUUUAAGCUCCAGCUAUGAAAAUAGCAGUCCUCCUUUCUCUUCCCUUUCCAUCCCAUCUGUGGUUAGCAGUCCAGGGACUUGUUUGGACUCUGCUAAUACUCGUUCCACCAACUACAACCAUGCUGUCCAGUCCCCAGUGCCACAACCACGCACUUUUACAUCCAAGGCCAGCAGCUCUAAUGGGGGGCUAAAGGAACAAGAAAGUCCCAGGAUUCAGAGGAAAGCCUUGUCUGAACCCCCCCCAAGCCCCACUACAAACCAUAAAUACCCAAACCAGGCUGCUCUAAUCAGAGGUGGAACUGAGAGUCCAAACCUUGCCCAUGGUUCCUCUUGUGGCUCUGUCUCAAUUGCAUCUGGAGAUUUGGGCAGACAGGCCAGUGCCAGGCUAAGCCUAAAGUCUGUCACAACCUCUUCAUCACCAGCCUCUUCAAGCCCAAGAUCCAGUGUUGGCUCCUCUGUCCAAGAAAGUUCUUCCAGUCUUCAGUCCAACCAGUCCCACUCACGCCCACUCUUCCAUCCCGAGAGCCCCCAAUCCACCCGCCGUUGCAUCGAGCCAUCCAGCAUGCAUGAUCUCCCUCCUCUCAGCCCCUCGGCAGCACGCAGAGGUGUCCUAGGAGUGCCUGUUCUCCCUGGAGUUCUACCUAGCAUUCCCCUGACCCCUCGCAGCCAAACAGGUCGGAGCGUGCAAGAGAGUCCUCGACUCCAACAACGAAUCACAACAGAGGAAGAAGUAGGAAAUAGCAGGCUGCGAGCCAGAAGUCCAUCUCCUGUAUCAGGAUUAUUGAAGGACCAGCCAGGUGGACCUGGAGGUAGGCAGAGGGCUGGUCUCACCCCAGCUCUUAGCUCUGAGACUUUGAUGUCUCCUCUCACCAGUCCCCGGAACCAAAGAAAGAACCAGAGAGAGCCACGACAGGUCCAGCCACGUACACAGGAACGCAAGAACAGCAUAUCAGAGGUCAGCGAAAAAGAGGAAGACUUACUGGAGUACCAUCGCUGGCAAAGAGAGGAAAGGAUGCGUGAGCAGGAGAUGGAGAGGCUGGAGAGGCAGAGGCUUGAGACCAUCCUGAAUUUGUGUGCGGAGUAUAAUAAGAGUGACCCACCGGUUGGGGUGGACACAGGGAAGGCGGGGCAGUUUCCAGGUAUGGAGGAGGUCUCUAAUCAGCGACCCGGCCCUGACCCUGUAAGUCUGGCAGUCCAGAACUCUCAUAGACAGAGAGAGAUUGAGGAGCAAAACCUGAAAGAGGAGUGUAGCAGCACUGAGAGCCAGCACCAGGAGCAUGAAGAUUCAUCAGUACUGGGGCAGCAGGAGAGAGUGUAUCUGGAGGAAGAGCGGCUCAGGGUUCUGGCUCGAGUGGAUGAGCUGAAGGCACGUGUCACUGAGCUGGAACAACAGAUACAGGGGUCCAGGCAAGAGGCAGAGAUGGAGAGGGCAUUAUUGCAGGGAGAAAGGAGGGCAGAGCUCGAUCAAGUGGAGGCGGAGUUGGAGAUCAUCAGUCAACUUCAGCUCAAACUUAAUGAAAUGGAAAACACAACUCACAUGGAUAAAGAGAAGGAAAGAGCAAAAGUCUCAGCUGAACGGGAUGUCCUGGCCAGGCUGAGGGACUCGUACAGUGAGCUGAAGGGCCAGCUUCAUAAAUGCCCUGAAUCACUGAGGGAGCACUUACAGGAACAAUUGACCAGGAAGGUGGAGGCGCUAGAGUCGGCCACUAAGCGCUUUGAGGAUUUGGAGUUCCGCCAGUUGGAGAGAGAGAGUGGCAUAGAGGAGGAGAAGGAGACGGUCAGCCGACAGCUGUUACAAGAGAAGGCAGAGUAUCAUCGCAAUGUGACCAAAAGGAAGGAGAAAAUGGUGGCUCUUGAGAUCCAAGCUAAUCAACUAGGUCUUCAGGCAGCUCAGGAUUGUGAAAUGAUGGCCAAAGAUAGAAAUCUGGCCCUACAGAUGCUCCACAAGGAAAAAGAGAUACUGGCUUCCCUGGAGAAGAGAUACCAGAGCCUGACAGGUGGAAAGACUUUCCCCAAGCCUACCAACACUCUGAAGGAGGAAGUGCUGUACAUCAGCGAAUCUGACCUUUUAGAUGCUCUCCCAACCCAGCAGUCUCUACUCCCCUCGUCUUGUUGUCAAAGCUCCACCCCUCAGAUAUAUUGUAACAGGCCACAGGAGGAAUACCUCAAACUCUCUGAUGUAUAUAAGAUGUAUGGGAAUGGAUGUUUCCCAGCCCAAACUGCCUCCCCUAACACUUUCUGUCUCCCGCUGGCUGUAAUAUCAGACACACCUCGUGAGGAGUAUGUGACAGUCAAUCAAUUAAACCAGUUGUUCGGGAUGCCAAGGGUUGACCCCUCCCCUUCAUCUUCUGUCCAAUCACUCCAAGCUAUUGUCACUGACCCUUUCCACUUCAGCCACACAUCCCAGUGUGGCUCCUCCCAGUCACUUCCUGUUGAGACACAGCAUGCAUGGAGUAGGCCUUCAAUCCCCAGGCUAGAUUCAGAGCGCUGGUACCAGGAAAUCAUGGCAGCAGGGGAGCCCAGUCAUGGCUGCCCUCCCCCUCUGCCAGCCAAAUGUCUUUCCUCACGUAAACCUAUGCAGAUCUCCAAGUUUAUGCAAGAUGGAGAGUUGGGACAGACUAAUGGCACCUUCACUCCCCCGCCACCCAGCAUGAUCACAUCAGGGAGAAACACACCCACUAAAAGUCUUCCAGAUCUAUCUCCUGCUUAUUUGGACUUAGACUCCAGGAGACAGUUGGAUCUGCAGGGCAGAGGGAUCUAUGCAUGUGAUGAUUCCAGAAUCCACCCUACAGAUUCUAAACAGAGGCCUGAGAUAGAGUCUCAAAGACAUUGGGGGGCACCACAGGGCUCUCACUCCCAGCUCAACAUUUCUUUUCCAUCUUCAGGAGCUCCCAUGAUACACUAUUCUAUUCUGCACCACCAGGCACCCCCAACUGGAGAAUCAACUUAUGACACUCUGAGUCUGGAGAGCUCUGACAGCGUGGAGACCAGCGUAUCUACUGGCAACAACUCCGCCUGCUCACCUGAUAGUGGCAAUGGGCUGGCAGGACUGAGGCUGGAGGAGAUGGAGAAGAUGUUGAAGGAGGCCCAGCAGGAGAAAGCCAGACUGGUGGAGAGUCGAGAGAGGGAAGUUCAGGCACGAAAGCAACUGCUGGAUGUUGAGAGAAGGAGGCGGGAGGAGGUGGAAAGGAGGUUGCAGGAUGAGACUGCACACAGACAGAGACUUGUGGAGGAAGAGGUCAAAAUGAGGGAGAAACAGUGUUCUCAGGCUCGGCCAAUGACGCGCUACCUGCCUAUUCGGAAAGAGGAGUUUGACCUGCGUUCUCACGUGGAAUCGUCAGGCCACUGUGUGGACACAUGUCCGUAUGUCAUUGUUACAGAGAAAAUGUGCAAGGGCCAUCUUGUGAAGAUGGGUGGCAAGAUCAAAUCCUGGAAAAAACGCUGGUUUGUCUUCGAUCGUCUUAAAAGGACCUUCUCUUAUUACAUAGAUAAGCAUGAGACCAAACUGAAGGGUGUCAUUUACUUCCAAGCCAUCGAGGAGGUCUAUUAUGAUCACCUGCGCAGCGCAACUAAGAGUCCAAAUCCUUCCCUGACCUUUUGUGUAAAGACUCACGAUCGACUUUAUUUCAUGGUGGCACCAUCUCCUGAAGCCAUGCGAAUUUGGAUGGAUGUCAUAGUAACAGGUGCUGAGGGCUACACACAGUUUAUGACCUGAGGGCGAGAUAGCGGGACUAUGCCUAUAAUUAUCUGAGAGCAGCAUGACUAAUUUAACAGGACAUGUAGCCUGUGUGAAAUUGUGUCAAGUUUUGUCAAAACCUUAAGCCAGCACUGACUGAUCUCUGUUUCAUUGGGACAAGAAAGGAACUGGAAGUUGAUGAUGAAUUAUUAUGCAACUGAUGCUAAGAUUUUAUGUGGCUUAAAAGAGAAUCUGAAAAACAUAUAUUAUACAAUAUAGAGAAAUACUUUGUAGUUUUAUUUGUAUUACAAUACAAAGACAGAGUUCAGAGCUUACAGUAUUUGCAUUUCAUAUUAAUUAUAUGCUUACUUUUUUCUUUUUCUUAUUACUUAUACAGUAUCUCUUUCAUUUUACAAUGCAAAGCCGUCAGGUGUAAAUUACAACACCAAACACUUAUAUUUACUCUUAGGUAUUUAGUUGCAGUGAUAUAAUUACAAGGAAGAGAUUAGAUUAAAUAUGUAUUAGACAGAUUUCACAAUCUCUGUUUUAGGUGAGAAGGCAGCAUCCACAUGUUUGAUUACCAUGAAAGAUAUUUUACUCCAUUUUACAUAUUGUCUUUGUCUUUUUUGUUGGUCUGAAUUUAUAUAUUUUUUCUGCAGAUUCUUAAAUGAAUGGCUCAGGUGCUAAGACAAGUAACAGCUAAAGCAAAACAAAAAAUAACUCUAUGCCUGCUACCUUAAUUGUAACUUCGCAAAUAUUAUUUGGUGGGGGACCAUUAAAAUAAAUGUUUUAUGUGUUUUAAAAUGAAUCUUAUUACACUAGUUCUAACAGAGUUUGUCUUGCCAAAGCUUUGUGAUGACACUGUAUGUAUAUAUGUAAUCUGAUUUGCACAUCUUUUAUUUCAGGGGUUUUAAAAAUGUAUGGAUGUGCCACUUUGAGAUUAUAUUCACAUAUUUCUUUGUUCAUUGUGCUAUUCAUAAUAUUGAUAUCCUCUUGGGUAUUCUCAAAGUUAAUUAUAUGAACAGUGUAAACUUUUGAUAAAUCAGUGUUACAUCACUAACCAUGUCUGUCUAAAUAGUUGUUUUUUUCUCAGUUUGACAGAAACAAUUAGUAUAUACUAUGAGGCAAAUAAAAAGUAUUA